GCUGGGCUCCCGGCGCGCCCCUGCCGGCUCCCCCCCCAAAAGUUGGAGUCUUGGGUUGCAAGUUGCCAGCGGAGUCGCGCGCCGAGAGCUAGACGGCGCAGAAAGUCAUGGCUUCUCCGGCCAAAGGCAGUGACUUGUUUUCGUCAGACGAGGAGGGUCCCGCGAUGCUGGCCGGCCCGGGCCCCGGACCUGGGGGUGCCGAGGGCGGCGUGGAGGAGCGCAGGGUCAAGGUCUCCAGCCUGCCCUUCAGCGUGGAGGCGCUCAUGUCCGACAAGAAGCCGCCCAAGGAGUCGCCCGCGGUGCCACCCGACUGCGCCUCGGCUGGCGCUGCCCUGCGGCCGCUGCUGCUGCCGGGACACGGCGUCCGGGAAGCGCACAGUCCCGGGCCUCUCGUCAAGCCCUUCGAGACCGCCUCGGUCAAGUCGGAAAAUUCCGAAGAUGGAGCGGCGUGGAUACAGGAGCCCGGCAGAUACUCCCCUCCGCCCAGACACAUGAGCCCCACAACCUGCACCCUGAGGAAACACAAGACCAACCGGAAGCCACGCACGCCCUUCACCACGUCCCAGCUUCUAGCCCUGGAGCGCAAGUUCCGCCAGAAACAGUACCUCUCCAUUGCAGAGCGGGCCGAGUUCUCCAGCUCUCUGAACCUUACAGAAACCCAGGUCAAAAUCUGGUUCCAGAACCGAAGGGCUAAGGCAAAAAGACUGCAGGAGGCGGAACUGGAAAAGCUGAAAAUGGCUGCCAAACCUAUGCUGCCCUCAGGCUUCAGUCUGCCCUUCCCCAUCAACUCUCCCCUGCAAGCAGCAUCCAUUUAUGGAGCAUCCUACCCCUUCCAUAGACCUGUGCUUCCCAUCCCGCCUGUUGGACUCUAUGCCACGCCGGUUGGAUAUGGCAUGUACCAUCUAUCCUAAAGAAGACCAAAUGGAUAGACUCCGGGAUGGAUGUUUGCAUGAAAGCAUUCCCCUCCCUCUCCUAGAAGGUGGUGCCAGUCCAGCUCCUGAACACAAACCUUGCAUCGCCACCCUAAGCCACAGGGCCCACAGGGCCGCUUGAUACAGAGUGACUUUGUUAUUUAGGUGAGAGGCACCAAGACCUGUUUUGUUUUCAUAAUCUUCCAGAUGCCCCCCCUUUCCUCUCACAAAUAUUGGCUCUGCUAGUUUUUAUGUAUAAAUAUAUAAUAAAAUAUAAGACAUUUUUAUAUGCCAGAUGUAAAAAUUCAAGUUAUUUUGAAAGGCAAAAUUUAUAUAUACAUUUAUCCGUUUUUCUAGAUAGCAUCUUCUUAAGAUACUGUGCUAAGUUUGCUACAUUUUCUUAAAGGGAAAGAGAUUAUUUGCAGAAUUUGCUAGAAUUUGAGAGGAUGGUGGACCUUCUUAUGGAAAGCAUACCAGAAGUAGGCACAGAGCAUAUAAGAAGUAGAUUCAGGUAGAUUCUUGCAAAGGAAGGGAGGUGUGUACCAUGUUUGCCUUUUAUGUGCAUAAGGAUGAUCCCUUGACGUGCAUACGAUCCUGUUUUCCUUCCUUUUCUCCAUAGUAACUCUUUUCUGUUUUAUUAAGGUCAGUGAGAGGAGGCUCAGAAUAACCCUGAGAAUUCCUCAGGGUCAGGUUGCUAAUAGGAAACCUUCCUAACUCCAGUCUGGUCUGUCUUUACUCUGGUCCAGGUAAUUGGCCUUAAAAAGGGUUUAAAGGGUAAAGCGUGUUUAGAAGAACUGAUUUCUGUGAAAUGCUCAGUCCACCAGUCCUCACGUUGCAGAGGUGAUUGGGGAGGAUAUCGUAAUGGUCUGCUUAAAAACCAGUGUCUUGUAACAGUUUUCUAUAUUUUCAAUGUUCUUCAACAAUCCAUAGAAUCAGGAAGGGAAAAAAAACAUGGUUUCAUUGUGUGUGCUUACUGUAUGUGCUAAACUUAUUAGGGAAGUUUAUAUGCUCUAACAUGUUGGGGGCAGAGGGUGAAGCCGUCUUACGGACUUGCUGAAAAUGUUGUCAGACAACACAGUUGGCUCCUUGGUAUUUACCGUCCUGUCCAUCUCUUCCAGUAUAUUUUUAGCCCAUCGAAAGGGUAUCUUGUAUAAUUUUAUAUAUUUUAUUGAAGAG